UAAAUGACACACAUUUCAGAGGAAGUGAUCUCUGCCGUCCUGAGGGGCCCCAUGAGCUCACAACAUAUGUAAACAAACCCAUUAGUCCACGCUGGUGUGCUCCUGAUUGUGGGAUACCUCGGAUGAGUCUUGUUGCAGUGGCUACACACAAAGAAUGGGCGUGAGUUGCCCCUCGAAAGGGAGCCCAGAGACUCCUGCUUUUUUAGCACCAGCGAUCUGAGCGCUCAGUUCACAGUCUGCGAGAGACAGAGAGAGAGCACACCAGCGGGAUGGAGAGCACAGGAUUUUCAACAGCACUUGCCUGAACAGCCUCCCAAAAUCAACUAAGACGCACAGGAGGGAGGGGAGUCACAGCCGGAGAGAGUCUGAGUGCGUCUGUGUGUCAGAGGGUGUUUGAGCGAGUGAGGGAGCAUCGCAGAUAGAGGUGGAGAAAGAAAGAGAGAGAGAGAGAGAGAAAGAGAGAGAGAGGGGGGAAGAGAGAAGGGAGUAAGUCUGGACCAGGUGAUCGAGUACUAACAAACCUCCAAGGGGCUGCCGGGUUGUAUCAGUGUGCACGGGAUCAGCGAUCCGACCAUGGUGCCCGCGCGCUGCCCGGGACCCUGUGCCAUGCUGGCUCUGACCCUCCUCUUGGGAUGCGGCGUGGCUUCCUGCCUCGGCCAGAACGACACGGAGCCCAUCGUGCUCGAAGGGAAGUGUCUUGUGGUGUGCGACUCGAACCCUUCUUCGGACGGAGGGGUCACUUCAUCACUUGGCAUAUCAGUCCGCUCCGCUGGGGCAAAGGUGGCUUUUUCUGCCGUGCGUGGAACCAACCACGAGCCGUCAGAGAUGAGCAACACGUCUAUGACCAUCUAUUUUGACCAGGUUUUAGUGAACAUCGGCAACCAUUUCGAUCUCAAAGCAAGUGUUUUCCAAGCUCCAAGGAGGGGGAUAUAUAGUUUCAGCUUUCACGUGGUGAAGGUCUACAACAGACAAACCAUACAGGUGAACCUGAUGCAGAAUGAUUAUCCGGUUAUAUCAGCGUUCGCCGGUGACCAGGACGUUACGAGAGAGGCAGCAAGCAACGGAGUACUGCUGAUGGUUGAGCGGGAGGACCGGGUCUAUCUGAAGCUGGAACGGGGCACCUUAAUGGGCGGAUGGAAAUACUCCACCUUCUCAGGCUUUCUAGUCUUUCCUCUAUAAUCUGAUCUGCGAUGAUCCACGUCGCACCGGGGGACUCUGCUUCUGUUGAGGAAGAAAAAAAGAAAAAAAGAAAAAGAAAAAAACGACAAAAAAAACAAAAAACAGGCCAUUUAUUUUUAACUUAAAUAAACUGUCAGCCAAGGAAGCCGACGAAUAUCUGUAUACCUACACUCGUCCACUAUCUAGUCAAAUAUGAACGUUUCCUUGGAGUUUCAUAUAUUCAAAUCCAUCUGUCAACUUUAACGCAAUCUGGAUGACUAAACGUAUUGAUCGGCCAGUGGCGUGUGCUUGUCGGGUAUGUGGAUUUUUUUUUUCUUGCUUGGAAAACAAACUUUGCCAACAGACAAACGGGUGAACCUGGGCAAAAAAAAAGUAAUAAUAAAAAAAAAAAAAAAAAAAAAAAAAAGAAUGGACACGAGAGAAGACGACGAGUGGAAGAACUGAUGUCCUGGACAGGCCGAGUGUGUUAUGCUCUAUUUUAUGUUUGUAUAGCCUUAAAGAGUAUAUGGUUUCCUCCCAAGUGAAGUAUAUGGAAUUAUGGACAACCAGAAGAAGAAGGAGAAGAAGAAGAAGAAGAAGUGCUUUCACGCCCAAGGCAUUUUUUUGCACGAGUGGAAGUUUUUACUUUAUGUUUUGUGCUGUCAAUGGUGUUGCGUUUGGAUGCCGAACAUAUUGAAAAUAAGCCAAAUGUAGGACGCCGACGAGUUUAUUAAAAAGAGAAGAAAAAAAAGGCGACAUAUUUCAGCCACCGGAGACGACUUAGAGCCCUUUUAUUAAAAAAAAGAAGAUAAUUAUAUAAUUUAUAAAGUACAUAUUCACAUUAUUGUGUGUUCUACAUUUCGGAAUCUGCGUAGCUUUGACUGAUUUAAUGUUCAGUGACCUUGCUCACCAAAUGUACAUUGUGGAAAUAAUAGAAGAAUCCCUAUAUGUCCCGCUUAAUAAAAGAUAUUGUAUUGUA